AGAGGCCGUGCGCGCGCUCUCCAUCGCGCAUGCGUGUCUCCGCUGGCCUCCAGGCCGCUGCCGGUUCCGAGUCUCCACGGGAUUCCGAGAGCACUUAAAUGUCAACAGCCUUGUCCUGGGUCUGUCACCUCUAACAGGCCAAACCUGUCUGUUGUGUUGGAGUCCACCUCUCUCCAUUUCCAUCUGUGACCAUGGCUGACACAAGUGCCCUGGACCAUCAGAUCGAGCAGCUAAUGCGCUGUGAACUCAUCAAAGAAAGUGAAGUCAAAGUGCUGUGUGCCAAAGCCAGGGAAAUUCUUGCUGAGGAGAGCAAUGUUCAACAAGUAGAUUCCCCAGUCACGGUUUGUGGGGACAUCCACGGGCAGUUCUAUGAUCUCAAAGAGCUCUUUAAGGUUGGAGGUGACAUUCCUGAGACCAACUAUUUGUUCAUGGGAGAUUUUGUUGACCGAGGUUUCUACAGUGUGGAGACAUUCUUGCUGCUACUGGCGCUGAAGGUUCGCUAUCCAGACAGGAUCACGUUGAUCCGGGGUAACCAUGAAAGCAGGCAGAUUACUCAGGUCUAUGGCUUCUAUGAUGAAUGUCUGCGUAAAUAUGGAUCGAUUACAGUGUGGAGGUACUGUACGGAGAUCUUCGAUUACCUGAGUCUCUCUGCUGUUGUGGAUGGAAAGAUCUUCUGUGUCCAUGGUGGCCUCUCUCCAUCUAUCCAGACUCUGGAUCAGAUCAGAACAAUUGACAGGAAGCAGGAGGUGCCCCACGAUGGUCCAAUGUGUGAUCUCCUCUGGUCAGACCCAGAAGAUACCACCGGCUGGGGCAUCAGCCCUCGAGGAGCUGGCUACCUCUUUGGCAGUGAUGUUGUUGCCCACUUCAACGCUGCCAACAGCAUAGAUCUGAUUUGCCGUGCCCACCAGCUGGUGAUGGAGGGUUAUAAGUGGCACUUCAAUGAGACCGUGCUAACUGUUUGGUCAGCCCCUAAUUAUUGCUACAGGUGUGGAAACGUCGCAGCGAUACUUGAAUUGGACGAACAUUUGGAGAAGGAAUUUACAAUUUUUGAAGCUGCCCCUCAAGAAUCGCGAGGGGUGUCAGCCAAAAAGACAGUUGCUGACUACUUCCUCUGAAGGAAGGCCCCUCCUCCCACCACCCCACCCCCACCCAUUCCAAACCUCUACCUGAAACCUCUGUACAAACCCUGAGCCUGCCGAAGAAUUCUGUGGAGGGAAGGGCGACAAAAGUGUAUGGUGUUGUCAAACUCUGCGUACAUUCCUGAAGGCAUGCACUCGCCACCCUGACCCUGAAGGAUUGCCAUAUCUGUAUGGGACAGCAGUGAGCUCUUCCUCUCCCCUCCUCUCCCCCCACCCCCCGUGAGUGGUCCUUUUCAUUUUAUUCCCUAAAGAAUGUGUAUGCCUCUUCGAGCUGACAGCAGUGCUGUAGAAAGGAUGUGUUCAGCUGUGAUAAAAAACAGAAUUGGCACUUUUUGUUACCAAGAAUUUUUAGGAUUUCUUUUUUUAAAAAAAGUCACUCAGAAUUCCUGUGUGUGCCGUGAUCCUAGAAUUUUUAACCCUGCCUCCCCCAAUGCGUACCCACGUGAUAUUAGUAACUGAGUUUUAUUUUUACAGUCAGGACUAACCAGUUUUAACAAUAACAGUAGUUAAACCUCGUCCAGAAAUGCCUGUCUGAAAUUGUUUAACUGGGUAGGGAAGUCUCAUAUAGGGUCUUAAUGUGCUUGUGUUGUGAUUCCACUGGAUUUGAUGGUGAUGGAAGAGUUUUGGAUUUUGUACAAAACUGUCUGCAGUGGUCAAGUAGCAUCGUGUUACCUGAGGCUGCCUGUGAUUUGACCCUGAUCAGACCUUUCUCCCUCUGCAGCCUGGCAUGAGGUGUGGAGAUGCUGCUCCCCUCUGUUGUACAUCGUGUGCAUUUAAACUGUGUUUGACAUCUGACUGGUCAAGCCUAGCACAACCUGCCAAGGGGAAAAGGGCAGUUGCAUCUGGUGCAUUUAAAGCACAAAACGUUUGAGACUGGUGCCCCGCAAUCUGAUGGCCUGGUUACUUGCUGCAGAGACCAGGAUGCUAGUGACUGUCUGUGUGUGUGGAAACCAGGUGCAGCUCCAGUUUAGCCCCUGCUGGUUAAUGCUGGGACACUUGUCCUGGUGAGGGGUAUUAUCUCCGAGGAUUCUUCCAUUGCCUGUAAAGCCACACUCAGUCGAUCAGCCUUGCGGGAGAGGGGCAGACCUAGCGAGCAGUUAGUUACAGCUUCACCCAGGGGUAGGAGCCAGGCAGCAGCCAGAGAGGAUCUUCCUGUAGGCUGGGUCAGGACAUUGCUGGUUUGUCACUAGGUAAAACCUUGCAUCCUAUCAGCACUCCUGUUCCCCCUUCACCCUUAAAGCUACAUUCGACCGCAAACCCAGCUCCCAAUCUGAAAUUGUCUGUCCAGAAACUAGCCAAACAGGAACCGAGCUGCCCAGAAAUAACCCUUCAGGUCCAGUCAGAAUUAUUCUGUAUCCAAUCAUUUUGACCUCCUAACCCAAACUAUUGAAAUGUGUUUGAACUCCGUCACUGCCCAGUGCAGCUCCUGAGCUCUGUGUCCUCUGGUAAGGCAGCUUGAGCUGCUGCUGUUUGUCACUGUACAACAUGGGAAUGUAGACAGGAUUCGAAAGUAUCUGAACCUGCUGUCACUUGAAGAAUUUCACAACUUGGGAAUGUGAGGACAGGAAGCUGCUGUACUGAUCAGAGACUGACCAAAGCAUCCUAAGCUCUUGCUGUUUUUUCAUCUCCAGCAUCAUCUGAACUAUACAGCUAGAUGAGGCUUUCAAAGCUCAUUAAAUGUGAGCCCUUCCAUAGCUGCCCUUCUGUUUCUGUCUCUGACACGCCUUCGUGCGCUGACCCACUGCGUUCACACCUUUGUUCUUGCGUAUUUUGUUCUCACUGGCUCUCUUGCGCACACAUCUCUACCCCUCCCCCAUGAAAAUCUCGGGGGAGUUUAAGUAACCAUCUGUGUCUCAGACUUGGAUCUGUUGAUGUGACAGCUUAGGACUGAACAGAAAGACCGAAGUGUCUGAUGUAUUCACUGAAAGCCCUUCAUUUCCAGACGCUAUAGGUUGGGAAGAACAAUUCAGAGUAGGCCCAGGAGGGGACAGUGUCGCUCUGAGGGAGAUAAUAGCUACUACUGAACUGCAGGCAUUUCCUCAAACAGCCACCAGCUGAACACUGUCAGUGUCAUUUCUGUCUGACUUCAUUGGAUCUUCAUACUGUGUUCAGGCUGGAGAUUGCAAUUGGCUGUGGGGAUCUGGAGUAAGGAGGAUCGAAUCGGCCAGGGUUCCUGAUUGUCAUUCCAGAGGGAGUGAAUGCUGGGUGAGCACACUUCCCCUCCGGCAGGGCUGGGCUGGCCAGUACGCUGUAUAGCUAAAUGCACACCCCAUAAUACUGGCCCUGUCAGACUGCCCCUGACCAGUUAUCUUGUUACGCUGGGAGCAAGCCCAGAGGUGAAAGUGUAAGCUGUGCCUGUGAUAGGGUGUGUGGCCCCAGCUGGAGGUUAUAGUCCCUUCAUUAAAAGCUGUCUAUGAACUUGCCAAUGUGAAGCAGAUCAGUUCGAAUCCCUAAUGGGAGUCGCAAGCGAAGCAUUUUUCAGAAGUGGCCAAAAUUUUUAGUUUUUUAAUCCAUGUGAAGAAUUUUGCAUAAAUUAGCAGUUUUUCCAAAGGGGGAAGAUGCUGUUAUUUUUGUAAGAACUUGUAUUCUGUUUCUAAAUGUGAUAUUUUACUUCUAUUCAACAUGCUGGAUGUCUGUACCAUAUCGAGCCAGGGUCCUGGGCAAAUCCAAACAGGCCCUGUUUUGUAUUUGGUCAGAUUGUUGAGCCACUGGAAGUUGCUGGGUAAGCUUUUGUUAAAUCAGUCUGUGAUUUAGCAAGACUGUUUUAAAUAAAGUUUUAAUAUUGUGACAA